AUGUGGACCGGUUGGACCAACCGGCCAGUUGGUCCUGUGGACCGGUUGGACCAACCGGCCUGUUGGUCUUGUGGACCGGUUGGUCCAACCGGCCAGUUGGUCAUGUGGACCGGUUGGACCAACCGGCCAGUUGGUCCUGUGGACCGGUUGGUCCAACCGGCCAGUUGGUCCUGUGGACCGGUUGGACCAACCGGCCAGUUGGUCCUGUGGACCGGUUGGUCCAACCGGCCUGUUGGUCCUGUGGACCGGUUGGACCAACCGGCCUGUUGGUCCUGUGGACCGGUUGGACCAACCGGCCAGUUGGUCCUGUGGACCGGUUGGUCCAAUCGGCCAGUUGGUCCUGUGGACCGGUUGGACCAACCGGCCAGUUGGUCAUGUGGACCGGUUGGACCAACCGGCCAGUUGGUCCUGUGGACCGGUUGGACCAACCGGCCAGUUGGUCCUGUGGACCGGUUGGUCCAACCGGCCAGUUGGUCCUGUGGACCGGUUGGACCAACCGACCUGUUGGUCAUGUGGACCGGUUGGUCCAACCGGCCAGUUGGUCCUGUGGACCGGUUGGUCCAACCGGCCAGUUGGUCCUGUGGACCGGUUGGUCCAACCGGCCAGUUGGUCCUGUGGACCGGUUGGACCAACCGGCCAGUUGGUCAUGUGGACCGGUUGGACCAACCGGCCAGUUGGUCCUGUGGACCGGUUGGACCAACCGGCCAGUUGGUCAUGUGGACCGGUUGGACCAACCGGCCAGUUGGUCCUGUGGACCGGUUGGACCAACCGGCCUGUUGGUCAUGUGGACCGGUUGGUCCAACCGGCCUGUUGGUCCUGUGGACCGGUUGGUCCAACCGGCCAGUUGGUCCUGUGGACCGGUUGGACCAACCGGCCAGUUGGUCCUGUGGACCGGUUGGUCCAACCGGCCUGUUGGUCCUGUGGACCGGUUGGACCAACCGGCCUGUUGGUCCUGUGGACCGGUUUGACCAACCGGCCAGUUGGUCCUGUGGACCGGUUGGACCAACCGGCCAGUUGGUCCUGUGGACCGGUUGGUCCAACCGGCCUGUUGGUCCUGUGGACCGGUUGGACCAACCGGCCAGUUGGUCAUGUGGACCGGUUGGACCAACCGGCCAGUUGGUCAUGUGGACCGGUUGGACCAACCGGCCUGUUGGUCCUGUGGACCGGUUGGUCCAACCGGCCAGUUGGUCCUGUGGACCGGUUGGACCAACCGGCCAGUUGGUCAUGUGGACCGUUUGGACCAACCGGCCUGUUGGUCCUGUGGACCGGUUGGACCAACCGGCCAGUUGGUCCUGUGGACCGGUUGGUCCAACCGGCCUGUUGGUCCUGUGGACCGGUUUGACCAACCGGCCAGUUGGUCCUGUGGACCGGUUGGACCAACCGGCCAGUUGGUCCUGUGGACCGGUUGGUCCAACCGGCCUGUUGGUCCUGUGGACCGGUUGGACCAACCGGCCAGUUGGUCCUGUGGACCGGUUGGACCAACCGGCCUGUUGGUCCUGUGGACCGGUUGGACCAACCGGCCUGUUGGUCCUGUGGACCGGUUGGACCAACCGGCCAGUUGGUCCUGUGGACCGGUUUGACCAACCGGCCAGUUGGUCAUGUGGACCGGUUGGACCAACCGGCCAGUUGGUCCUGUGGACCGGUUGGACCAACCGGCCAGUUGGUCAUGUGGACCGGUUGGACCAACCGGCCAGUUGGUCCUGUGGACCGGUUGGACCAACCGGCCUGUUGGUCAUGUGGACCGGUUGGUCCAACCGGCCAGUUGGUCCUGUGGACCGGUUGGUCCAACCGGCCAGUUGGUCCUGUGGACCGGUUGGACCAACCGGCCAGUUGGUCCUGUGGACCGGUUGGUCCAACCGGCCUGUUGGUCCUGUGGACCGGUUGGACCAACCGGCCAGUUGGUCCUGUGGACCGGUUGGACCAACCGGCCAGUUGGUCAUGCGGACCGGUUGGACCAACCGGCUUGUUGGUCAUGUGGACCGGUUGGACCAACCGGCCUGUUGGUCCUGUGGACCGUUGGACCAACCGGCCAGUUGGUCCUGUGGACCGGUUGGACCAACCGGCCUGUUGGUCCUGUGGACCGGUUGGACCAACCGGCCUGUUGGUCCUGUGGACCGGUUGGACCAACCGGCCAGUUGGUCCUGUGGACCGGUUGGUCCAACCGGCCCUGUUGGUCCUGUGGACCGGUUGGACCAACCGGCCAGUUGGUCCUGUGGACCGGUUGGACCAACCGGCUUGUUGGUCAUGUGGACCGGUUGGACCAACCGGCCUGUUGGUCCUGUGGACCGGUUGGACCAACCGGCCAGUUGGUCCUGUGGACCGGUUAGACCAACCGGCCAGUUGGUCAUGUGGACCGGUAGGACCAACCGGCCUGUUGGUCCUGUGGACCGGUUGGACCAACCGGCCUGUUGGUCCUGUGGACCGGUUGGACCAACCGGCCUGUUGGUCCUGUGGACCGGUUGGACCAACCGGCCUGUUGGUCCUGUGGACCGGUUGGACCAACCGGCCUGUUGGUCCUGUGGACCGGUUGGACCAACCGGCCAGUUGGUCCUGUGGACCGGUUGGACCCACCGGCCUGUUGGUCCUGUGGACCGGUUGGACCAACUGGCCUGUUGGUCCUGUGGACCGGUUGGACCAACCGGCCUGUUGGUCGUGUGGACCGGUUGGACCAACCGGCCUGUUGGUCCUGUGGACCGGUUGGACCAACCGGCCAGUUGGUCCUGUGGACCGGUUGGACCAACCGGCCUGUUGGUCCUGUGGACCGGUUGGACCAACCGGCCUGUUGGUCUUGUGGACCGGUUGGACCAACCGGCCUGUUGGUCCUGUGGACCGGUUGGACCAACCGGCCUGUUGGUCCUGUGGACCGGUUGGACCAACCGGCCUUUUGGUCCUGUGGACCGGUUGGACCAACCGGCCAGUUGGUCCUGUGGACCGGUUGGACCAACCGGCCAGUUGGUCCUGUGGACCGGUUGGUCCAACCGGCCUGUUGGUCCUGUGGACCGGUUGGACCAACCGGCCAGUUGGUCCUGUGGACCGGUUGGACCAACCGGCCUGUUGGUCCUGUGGACCGGUUGGACCAACCGGCCUGUUGGUCCUGUGGACCGGUUGGACCAACCGGCCUGUUGGUCCUGUGGACCGGUUGGACCAACCGGCCAGUUGGUCCUGUGGACCGGUUGGACAAACCGGCCUGUUGGUCCUGUGGACCGGUUGGACCAACCGGCCAGUUGGUCCUGUGGACCGGUUGGACCAACCGGCCUGUUGGUCCUGUGGACCGGUUUGACCAACCGGCCAGUUGGUCCUGUGGACCGGUUGGACCAACCGGCCAGUUGGUCCUGUGGACCGGUUUGA